AUGUCUACCAUGCCUCGACGACGAGGUACAUAUCCACCGCCAAACUCACAAUCGUAUCACCAGAAUUAUCACCCUUCUUCUCAAAGACCAACGGCCAGGUCUUACACAGUCCGCUCAUCAAGGGGAUAUGAAUCUGCCCACGAAGCACCGUACUCGUCAUACUACAACCGUCGAGAGCAUCGCCCUUCAAGGCGGCCAAGAUCACAAUCCACUCGUCAGAGAGAAUACCAGUAUGCCUUUGCCAGCGAAGGAGCCCGUCCGGGUGCGGAUGACAUAAAAGUCACUUAUGACGACCCCGAAGACCUAUGGCAAUCCGAGUACACCAGAAAACAUGACAAUGCUAGAGAUACCAGAGCGGACGAGACGCUCGAGGUGGAGGUGGAGUAUGAAACCGAUUCAGAGGAAGAGAGACGUCGUCGAGGAGCUUCCAAGAAGUCUCGUCAAGAGAAAGACACUUUGCCCUCGACAAAAGGGCGACCGUACUGGGAAGAUUCUUCACAAUGGUGGGUACGGGAAGAUGGCUCGCUUCGUAUGCCUCCUCCUCCCAUGGGAGACCACUACAUUGUGCCAACAGAGAUGGAACCCGAAGACGACUCAGCCAACGUGGAUACCAGUGACCACGAUCAGCCCCAAGAAGCGCCAGAAUCUCAGCCCCAAACGUAUCCCAGAUACGAGACAUUCAAGGCACCCAAGAGCUCUCACCGACCUCUCGAAGAGGUUCAAUACAGUCCCAGUGAGGCCGAAGGUCUCGGGAAUUGGAGGCUUAUCGAUAUUGAGUUCAAGGACGUGUGCUAUGAGGAUACAAUGCGGGGCGAAAUAACGAGAAUUCCCUGGACAAGGGCCCGAGUGCCUGUGAACGCGAAGUGGGACCAACAGCCGGUCAAUAGCUGGCUAGACCAUGUCCCAACCGUAUCAAUAGUCAAUGACUUGUUCAGUAAUGUGCCAGACGAAAUGGGAGCUCGGGCCAAGAAGGUCAAGGUCGACCCAUCAGCAGCCGCCCCGAGAGAGCCGGAGGCGGCCCACAAAGGCUGA